AAAAAACAACUAAAAAUGUCACAAAAUAGCACCGUGGAGGAUACAAAACCAGACAAGCGAAAGCGAAAGCCAAAUUUUUCUCAAAGAGAGUUAAACGUCAUCACCGAGAGCGUUGAGACCAAAAAAGACAUAUUGCAGUCUAAGUUUACUAACAACCUUACAAACCAAAUGAAGCAGAAAGUGUGGUUGGACAUCACCGCAAAGGUAAAUGCCGUGGGUGUGGCUUACCGCACUGUGGAAGAGGUCAGGGUUAAAUGGAAGGCGCUGUUCAGCGUGGCAAAAAAAGAAUACUCCGUUGCCAAGAAGGGAAAGCGGCAGACUGGCGGGGGUCCGCCGCCGAAGGAGCCCUCCGAAAUAAGCAAGCAAAUAGUGGAGGUUUAUGACAACACGCCGGGGUUCUCCGGGAUCGAAGGAGGGUUCGAGACAGGAGAAAAUAUCUACCAAGAACUGCUGGAAACAUCAGAAGAUGUAGUGGGUGAUGAGUUCCCCACAAUUGCAUUUGAUGAUAUUGUAGAAGAGCCGACUAUUGCUGUCCUUGCUGAAGCCCCUGUCCCUAAGAGUAAUAAGAGAAAGAAAAGGUACACUGCAGAUGAUUUACUUACCCUGCAGUGUGAAACUCUCCAACUGCAGAAAGAGUAUAUAAUAAUGAAGAAGGAGAAAUUAGCUCAAGAGUUAAGGGUCUUGAAAAUGUCUAAUUCUCAAGACCUUUAACUCUUUAGAUUUUUUUACAAGCUGUUUGGAAUAGUAUUCUUAGGGUUUGGGAUAUAGGCUCUGAGCAAUGAUGUCAUGCUUGAGGCUAUUUCGGGCAAGUUAGCCAUGUUUGGAUUUCAAAGAGACUCAGUGCAUUGCUUUCGGCUAGUGAAAAUUGUAAUCUGGAUUUCUUUUUUUAAGUUUUAAAAUAAUGUUGACGGAUCUAGUCAGAAUGGCAUGGCAAUGAAAAUCAAACAAGCAAGUGUAAAUAUAAAGUAAAGUCUCCAAGAGAGUGAAGUCUACAAGACACUUCACAGGAUGACAUCUUCCAUUUAAAAAUAAUGAAUAAAAGCCUUAAAAAAUACUUCAAAAA